GCUGGCGCUCUUCCACUUGACUCAUUUGAAUGAACGGAGUCGGUGAAAAAAGGUCGGUCCGCGAAUCAACAGGUGCCAUGCGUUUAGCCCGAGAAAUGGCUUUGAUUUUUUUGCUGCUGGCAUUUUUUGCGAGUGCCGAGGAAAUUUUUGAAACCACUGAAAGUACAGACACAACCACGACUAGUGAUGAGUUUUUUGAGGAAAUUCAGGAAAUCGAUGAAGGAAGUUCAUCACCCCAAAACCAGACUGUGGACUUUCGAGGUGCAAAAGUCUUCAGAGUGAAACUGAAAAACGCGUCGCAGAACAGACUUUUUAAACAAUUAGUGGAAGAAGAACUUAUUGAUGUCUGGCUGCACACAAAAGGCAAUGCUAGUCGUGCGGAGUUUCUAAUUCUGCCUCAAAAUUUGGAAAAGGUGCAGUCGUUAUUACAAGAAGCAAAAAUUCAGCCAAAAAUUAUGAUUCCCGAUUUGCAAAAAUUGAUUAAAACAAAUGACAGAGUAAAUCUAAAUAAUAUUGCUCUCAGAUCAGGUUACAGUUUAAACUGGGAUGAGUACCAUCAAUUUGGAGUUAUUCACGCCUUCCUUGAUUAUUACGCAACUGCAUAUCCGGACAUAUGCACAGUUAAAACUAUUGGAAAGACCAGAGAGGAAAGAGACAUUAAAUUGAUAAAGAUUUCUUCCGGCGCAGAAAGCAACCCAGCCGUGUUUAUUGAUGGAGGAAUACACGCAAGAGAGUGGAUUUCGCCAGCUUCGGUUACAUACAUAAUUAAGGAAUUGGUGGAGAAUAGAGAAAAGUACUCAUCAUUCGUUGACAAAGUCGAUUUCUACAUUGUGCCGCUGAUCAACGUCGACGGCUACGAGUAUUCGCACACCCGCGACCGACUGUGGCGCAAAAAUCGCGCCGACCUGUUCGGCUUUUGCAACGGUGUCGAUUUGAAUAGGAAUUUUGGCUACAAAUGGGGAACGUCCGGCUCCAGUUUCUUCCGCUGCUCAAAUAUUUAUCGCGGCUCCAGUGCAUUUUCCGAGCCAGAAACAAAAGCGCUUAGAGAUUUUAUUUUGGAAUCUCAAGUUAAUUUUCAGGCCUAUCUCUCCUUCCACAGUUACGGGCAAUUAAUUUUAUACCCUUAUGGAUAUGCCUCAAACGAACUUCCCGAUGACGUUGAUGACUUGGACAGGGUUGGAAAAGCGGCUGCCAGUGCCGUCAGGAAACUGAGUGGAACCAAAUACACUGUUGGAAACGCUGCUCAAGUUCUUUACAGUUCAUCAGGCGCUUCUGAUGACUGGGCAAAGGGUGAUGCGAAAAUAAAAUACUCUUAUGUGGUUGAACUAUCAGACAAAGGGAAAUAUGGAUUUGUGUUGCCGGAGAAGUUUAUCAAAUCAACCGCAGCGGAUGCGUUUGAAAUCGUCAAAGUUGUAGCUGAUGAAGUUCGAGGAGUCUAAAUAAAAAUUUAUUCAAUUUAAAAAAAAAAAA